AUGCUAUCUUGGUUCACACGGGCCCUCCGAGUUGGUGUGAAACCCGCAUAUCAAAGUACGCUUCGUAUUCAGAGAAUAUCUACAAUGGGAGCAUACAUGGCCGAUGAACGAGCGGUGGCUAUGGCUGCUGUGCGUACGGCGUGUGCUAUCACGACAAAAGUAUUCAAGACUCUUACAUCGGACGAGUCUGUCACGAAGAAAGACAAGUCGCCCGUCACGAUUGGGGACUUUAGUGCGCAGGCAGCUGUGAAUUAUAUCUUGAAGAAGCACUUUCCGCAAGACAGUAUUGUGGCUGAAGAGACGUCGACGGACCUUCAAGGCGAUGCGGGGAAGUCGAUUCGCGACAAGGUGUCUCAUCUGGUGAAUGAGGCUCUGCAAGCAUCAGGCGAUAUCCAGCAGCCACUUUCGGACGAUGACAUUCUCUCGAGUAUUGAUCAAGGUGCAUUCGAAGGCGGUAGCGACGCGCGCUUCUGGACCCUUGAUCCUAUUGAUGGCACCAAAGGCUUCCUUCGUGGUGGUCAGUAUGCGGUGUGUCUUGCGUUGAUUGUUAAUGGGCACAUCGAGCUGGGCGUCAUGGGAUGUCCUAACCUGCCUCGUGAUGUAAGUCAACCCAAGCCGAAGGAUGGUGACAUCCGCCAUUCUUCCAUGGAGGGCCUGGGUGUGUUGUUCGUGGCUGCACGUGGACAUGGUGCGUUUGUUGCGCCGAUCAAUGAUACCGAAGCGCCGUUGGAGCCCAUUCAUAUGCGUGACUUGGAGGGAGACUUCACCAGGGCGACGUUCUGUGAGUCGGUGGAAGCAGGUCACUCGUCGCUUGGUACCAACGCGCGUAUUGCGCAGAUCCUUGGUAUGGGCGACCAGCAUGUGCGUAUGGAUAGCCAGGCAAAGUAUGCCAGUAUUUCACGCGGUGAUGGUGACGUGUACUUGCGCCUGCCUGUCGGCGAUGGCUCCUACCAGGAAAAGAUCUGGGACCAUGCAUCAGGCUCCUUGUUGGUGGCAGAGGCUGGUGGUACCGUCUCAGACCUGGCUGGACGACCCCUCAACUUUGGGCUAGGCCGUGUUUUGUCUGCGAACAAGGGCGUAGUCGCAUGUCAAUCGAAUAUGCAUGCCAAGGUGAUUGAGGCCGUAGCCAGCGCGCUCAAGGAAGAAGGCCGAUCGGGCCUCUUGUCUGUGUAA